AUGCGGCUUGGACAAUCCCUCACGACCUGUCUUUCAUGGGCCUGGGUUGCUUCGGCCACCAUUCUCGAGAACGGUCAAGUGAGAGAGAAUGCAUAUCCCGGUCAGUUACAGCCGGUGACUUUGGACGAUUCAUGGAGGAAUUAUCCGGCGCAUGCCCCGGAGAUCUCCUACAAAGGUCGAUGGGAUAGCCAACACAUUUCGUUUCAAAUCGCUGGUGUAGCUGUCGCGAAUGAUGCUGUCCUCACUAAGCCUCCGACCUUCAAAAAAAGAGUCGAGAUCAUCGGCGGCUCGCUUGCAUCUGGGCAAUUUGCCACCUAUGAAACACUCUCCUCAUGGUCCUUCCUCUUCGCCAACGGCCUAGGCAAUGUCGAAUAUGGCAUCACAGUCAGUCCACUCCAACUUGAUUCCGUAAAUUCCAAGUAUGCUAAUACCGUCUCGCAGGCCUAUCCCGGCGUGUGUCUCGCCGAUCAACAGUGUUACAACGGCGACUCUCGUGGCGUGGGAUGGUACUGGCACCGCGCCUCAGACCCCGGCUCUCGCGCACAUUCAAUUUACGACCGCAACCCCGAGGAGUGGGAUGUCAGAGCAGAGCAACCGGCCGAUUUGGUGAUCAUUCAGAUGGGCGGUAAUGAUCACCGCUACCCCAACGAAAUCCCCGGCCGGGACUUCUACCAUGCCUACGUCGACUUGGUAGAGGAUAUCCACUCUAACUGGCCUCAUGCGAUCAUCAUCCUCAUGUCCCAAUGGGGAGGCUUCACCAAAGAAGGCAAGAAGUACGUCGGUAGCACUUACUACCAGGAAGAGACCCGGGAGGUCAAUGAGCACUUCAAGAACCGUGGGUUUGUCUACUAUUUCCCCACCGAGGGUCUGCUCCAACACAAUGAUAUCAACCCAAAGAACCAUCUGACGGAUGUUGGACACGUCAAGAUUGCGAGUCACUUGUUGCAGUGGGUUCGAUUGGUUCUCAGGUGGAACCUCGAGCCCACGGGUGAAACCACCUCUGGAACCGCUUACUGGAAUGAUCAGCAGGAAUACUGA